AUGAAAAACGCACAACUAUUGACGUGUGCGGAAACCCUCCAACUCCUCAAGCAGAGUCCGUACAGCAAGCACCUUGACCCCUCGGUUAACGACAAGAACAUGCUGCGGACCGUCGCCGCCACCCAAGCCAACAUCGGGUACCUGAGCCUGUACCAAGGCGUGUGUGCGAAUGGCGAACAAAUGGCGCAUCGGCUGGUUGAACAGUUUCCUUCGUUAACUCAGUUCGACGUCAUGCAGAUAAUCAACAUUGCGCCGACCACCGUGGUGCACUUGUAUUCCGUGAUUGACCGUUGCAGCGAACGCUACACCGAGGACGACUUGAACACGAUGCUGGCUCUCAUCAGUGACGCGUUCGGCAACGAUGGCAACGCCCUUGUCGGCGAUCCGCUUGUCAACAACGAAAACAGUUUGCGGGGCGACGCCUGA